ACCACCAAGCGCCAACGCCAUGCUUCGCUUCACGGUAACAAGACUCAGAACAGCGGCAUCUGCAGGCGCUAGCUGCAACGGGUUUGCUUUCCAAUCUCAGAAACGUUCCCGCGUCUUUCCCAAACCCCUCAGGUUUUACGGAACCAACGCCAUUGAUGUCGACCCUGUUUCUCUUCAGAUGAUCAAAUACGCACUCGGUCACGCUAGAUCUCAGAAAUCAGAUGAAUCUUACGCACAAGGCCUCCUUGUUCUGGAGCAAUGCCUGUCCGGUAACUUACGAGAGGGGACAGAUACUUCAAGGGGAAUGGUCCUGCUCGCUAUGUCCAGCUUAUUAUCAGAAAGGGGAAACAUCGACGAAGCAAUAGAGAAACUUGAGACAAUUCAAGAUUUUUCCCGAUCUUCUUUGGCUGUUAGAGUUGCUGCCAUGGAAGGUCUUGUUGGACUCAAUCUGGAGUUGGGGAAGGAUGAUACCUCGUCAGUGCUCGCAGAUAAAUGCUUGCGACUCUUUCGAAGCAGUGAAUCAGAAACUGAAUAUUGCACCGAUGGUGGUGUUCUGGAAGCUCGGGCUAAAGCUGGCAAAGGGCUAGUUGAGCUUGUGCUUGGUAAUACUGAAUCAGCGGGGUUGUGCUUUGUAGGAUCCGGGGCCAAUGAAAGUUGCUUUGGCAAUGUUGCUUUGUCAUAUGGAGAAUACUUGCAUGCAAUUGGAAAUUUUUCGCGUGCGGAGCUGUUUUAUCAGAAGGCAAUUCGAGGGGUGUCUGAGACCAGAGAUUUUGUUGACCCGUGUAUCUUAUCCACUUGCAAUAUGCUACCAGAAGAAGUUCUUUUGGGGGCCUCUUGUGCUUUAGGACAGCUUAGAGCACAUGCAAGAUUUUUUGGAGAUGCAGAGGACGUACUGACAAGGGCAUUAACGCAAGCAGAGGAGUGUUAUGGAUUGCAUCAUCCGAAGGUUGGGAUCAUCCUAACCUGCAUAGCUCUCAUGUUUCGGCACAAAGCAAAGCUAGAGUUUUCAAGUACUCUUUUGAUUCAAGAGGGACUCUACAGGAGGGCAAUCGAAUUGCUAAAAUCUCCACCUUUGGAGAGUGAAGAAUGCAAGGUAGAUAGAAGAGAUAUAAUAGCCCUUGCAAGAGGUGGAUAUGCGGAUGUUCUGUGUGUUCAACAAAACAGGAAGGCAGAAGGAGAACGGAUGAGGAAAUGGGCAGAGACUGAAUGGGGAAAUCAUCGGCUUUCACUGGCUGAAGCACUGGAGUUUGAGUUACCUGAUCCUACCCUUAUUCAAAGGUGUCAGUGAUAGAUACUCGUAUCAGCAGAGUGCUGUAAUUUUCUGGUGGCUGGAUU